UAAAUCCCCCAUUACCCAUUUCUCAAAACCACCAUUGUAGUACAACUCCAACUUUCUCAACAUACAAUCAUUAACAUGGCCCGUACUAAGCAAACAGCUCGCAAAUCUACAGGUGGGAAGGCACCAAGGAAGCAGCUAGCCACCAAGGCUGCAAGAAAAUCUGCUCCAGCGACCGGAGGAGUGAAGAAACCUCACCGUUUCAGGCCAGGAACUGUUGCUCUAAGAGAAAUCAGGAAGUACCAGAAGUCUACUGAGUUGUUGAUAAGGAAGCUUCCAUUUCAGAGACUGGUGAGGGAAAUUGCUCAGGAUUUUAAGACAGAUCUGAGGUUCCAGAGUAGUGCUGUUGCUGCUCUACAAGAGGCCGCUGAGGCUUACCUUGUUGGGCUAUUUGAAGAUACUAAUCUCUGUGCAAUUCACGCUAAGAGGGUUACUAUUAUGCCGAAAGAUAUUCAACUUGCUAGGAGGAUUCGCGGAGAAAGGGCUUAGGAAUAAGCUUGUUAGUGUUUUAUCUGUUUGAUGUUUUUGUUUACAUCUGUUGUUUGGAUGCUAGGGUUAGUGGUGUAAAUCCUAAUAGUAUGUGUAAACUGUUGGUUUACUAGUAUUCUGGAUCUUAUCAAUGAAAUUUUUAGUACUUCUUUUAGUUCAAUUAAAGAUCUAGCCCUUGCAUCUC